ACACACGCUUUUGUAAUCAACGAUCCAGCUCGCACGCACGGAACAAUGGAGCUGUUCGAACUUGACAUGGUCGGCUGAUCAAUCUCGUUUGGGGUGUUAGAACCAUGGAGCUAUUAAUAGCUCAAUGUUAGAACCUAUUCUACUAUGCCGUCGCGAACGGGUAGAGCAGCCACCUAAUCUAAUACAUAAACACGAUAGUAAAUUUACCCAAAGAAUAAACACUUCCAAAGGGUUUCUUUUGUUGUAAAAUACCUUUAUGGUGAAUUCUUUCAACGCUCCUCUUCAGAGUACUCUCUCACGUAAUAAGACAGUGAUUUACGACGUGAAAAUCAGUUGCCUGCCAUGCAAUCUGUAAUUGUCUCUAAUGACACCAUGGUUGAUGCAAUUGGACCGAGAUAUGAAUGCACAGAGGCCGAGAUUAAGGAGGACGACAUUGAGGAGGACGAAAUGACUGUCUAUGGGAAGCCGAUACAUGAAAAAAAUAAAACUGUGUUAUAUCUUAGCAUGCCGAAGUGUGGUAGUCGUACUUUCGUUUGGAUGAUAAGUUACCUCCGGGCCGUUCACCAUUUCGGAAAACAAGUCAACAUCGACUACUUGCUUGAGAGGCAUCAAGUUUCAAAAGUUAGGACACAUCUUUCAUCCAAGCUACUUGAAGCAGAAGAUGGUGCUAUCCUACAUGGUCAUUACCGCUAUAUCAACAUGAAGAGUUCAUCGAAGAAACCUAUUCUGAUGAGCAUGAUCCGGGACCCCAUUGAUCGAUUUGAAUCUCAUUUUUACUUCAUAAGACAUGGUGAUUUGGACAUGAGCAAAGAAAAACUCAGGAAAAAUAUCAAAACAGAGUCCAACAUGGCACUUCCAAAUGAGACGCUUGAUGAGUGCGUUGCGAAGGGGAGACUAGAAUGUACACUCAGCUUAUUUCGCAAUAUGUAUAUUACAUCAUUUUGUGGAUACGCCCGCGGUUGUAGUAAAUCCCCUUCCUUUGCUUUCGAGGAAGCAAAACGUAACGUCGACAAGUUUCUCGUGAUUGGUGUGAUGGAGGAAUAUGACCUCUCCAUGGCUGUCUUCGAAAAACUACUUCCGGGAACAUUUGGAGGAGCAGCGAAAAUAUAUGAGGAGAACAAAAAUCAACCGAUGACGAAAUUCAAAACAAGCUAUAAGAAGCGGCCCUCUAAGGAAACGUAUUCAAUUUUAAAAGAGCGGAUGAAAUACGACUACAAAUUCUAUGAUUAUGUGAAGGAACGACUGCAUAGAGUUGCGAGGAGACUAGGCAUUGGGAAAUGUAAUAACAUAUGGUAGUUCAGACCGUUCAGACGUCGCAGCGGAGAGGAGUCUGAUUUGAAACUUGUGUUUGUUUUUAUUAUACCCUAUUCUAUUUUAAAUCUUCCAUGGACUUCCGCGCCACUUUUCUUUUUUUAACUACUUCCAUUGACUUCUAGGAUACACAUAAUAUUUAAAACGAUGACCCUGAAGAAAAAUGAUUCAUCUAUGGGGUGCCGUUUGAAGAAAUAUUAUUUAAGUAAAUUAUAUAUUAUAUCAUUGAUAUUAAAAACCAUUAUAUCAUUAUUUGUAGAUAAAUAAUGGUCUCAUCACAUUCAAUACAAUGCGUAUCAAAAAAUAGUUAACACUUUGAAAAAGUCCUGGGAAUAAAAAAAAAUUAAAUAUGUGGGUAAUCUUUACACAUAUAU